CCCGCCCUUAAGUGUCCGGCCGGGAUCGGGCGUGGAGCCGCCUGUGCCACGGAGUGGCGGGAGCGGCCCGGCGUGGGGCCACCCACUCGCCUGCGGGGUUGGAGCCUCCGGUCGGCCCGCCCGAGACCGGGGCAGCCGCUCUUUCCUCUCCCCGCGGCACAGCUCUCCUYAGGGAGGCCGCCGGCGGGAGCAGCUCCCGUGCCAAUGCUGCUGCCGGCCUGGGAGCUGUGGCUCUACGGGCUCCUCACCGUGGGCUCCCACGUCUACGCUUUCUACGAAGCGCACCAAGUAUCCCGAAAGUAUGAAGCUGCGAUGGACAGGUUUGAGCUGGACCCAGGGACCCUCUUUUGGGGGCUAAAAAAGGACCCCAUGGACUUUGAGUGGAGCUACUGGAUUGAAUGGGGAAGGGAACGUAUACUGUGGCUUCUGGCUGGUCACUUGCUGGUAUCACAGAUGUCCAGGCUUUUCGUGGAGAAGUAUAAACCAUGGUGCUUGAUGGUUUAUGGAAUGGCUGCCUGCUGGUUGUUACUGGGAAUCAAGGGCUUUGCUGUCAUUUUGUUACAUGCAGCUAUUUCCUUUGCUGUGGCUCAGUUUCARCUGUCACUCCUGACAUGGUUGUGCUCCCUUAUCCUGCUGUCCACUUUGCGCAUACCAGCUGUGGAAGAAACCAAGAGAAAGUGGUAUGAUACUGAAAAUGAGUAUUAUCUGCUGCUCUUCACUGUGUCUGUCCGCUGCCUCUUCUGUACUAGCUUCAGCUUGGAGUACUGCUGGCAUGCAGCRCCCCAGAAGUCAUCCCUCUCAUUCCCCUGGAUGCUGGCAUAUGUGUUUUAUUAUCCUACAUUUCACAAUGGGCCCCUUGUGAAUUUUGAUGAGUUCAGUGAGCAGAUGAGGAGACAAGAAGCUUUCAAUUUGAAGACCAAUCUCAGCAUCUUAAUUGUGGGCAUCGUUCGUAUUUUCUUUUGGUGGUGCCUGGCUGAGCUGAUGAUUCACCUCAUGUACAUCCAUGCUCUCUACAGUAGUGCUCUGCCUUUGGAAUCUGCGUCUUACUGGGCCUUGGGUGGUCUGGCUUUAGGUCAAGUACUGUUCUUCUAUGUGAAGUACCUUGUUCUGUACGGUGUUCCUGCUCUCCUCCUUCAAAUGGAUGGACUCAAACCUCCAGCUCUGCCUUGCUGUGUGAGCUUGAUGCACAGUUUCACUAAAAUGUGGAGAAGUUUUGACGUUGGGCURCAUCGCUUUCUGGUCAG